AUGAGGCAGACCAAGCUGCACAUCCCGCUCAGCCUGGGCGGGACCACGAUCAACAUUGUCGGUGUCCUCGCGCAGCGCGACCAGCCGCCGCACCCCGAGCACGCCGCAGAGGCCACCAUCGUCGAUCCGCGCGUCAACGUCAACUACCCCUCGGAACCCGCACCGGUGCGAUCGACGACCGAGGGCAGGAAGGUGGCCCUCAUCCUCCACGGCGUGCUGGCGCACAAGGACCAGACCUACCACCGCCUCCUCGCCGCCUCGCUGCCCAUCGACUCGUUCCGCUUCGACUUCCGCGCAAACGCAGAGACGCCCGGGCCCUGGAACAUGGCCUCGUUCGACCUCGACCUCCAGGACAUGCGCGCCUGCAUCGACUACCUCACCGACCGCCUCGGCUACACGGUCGAGGUCAUCAUCGCGCACAGCAGGGGCGCACUCGACGGCUUCAAGUUCCUCGCGACGCAGUGCAACGACGCGGUCGAACCCAGAAAGAGGGUGCCCUACUACGUCGCCCUCGGUGCUCGUUGGAGGAUGAAGAAAAUCCACGACCGCGACCCGCUCUACCAGCCCGCCUUUGCCGCCGAGGGCUUCUACCGCUGGAAGGUCAAGGUGGCGGGCCAGAAGCGCGAGGUGCACAUCUACCCAAAGGACGUCGAGGACUUUGCCGUGUGGCCCAUUGAGAAAUACGUGGCCGAAUUCCCGACGAAGACGGAUGUCCUGCUCGUCUCGGGAACGGCAGACGAGACGGUGCCCGUGUCGGACUCGGCCUACUACAUCAACGCCCUGACGGGUCCGCACCGUCGUCCCGGCUCGGCCUCGCUGCGCCUCAUCGACGACGCAAACCACAACUUCAAGGGACACUACGACGAGCUCGUCGACAUCAUCGUAACCUGGCUCCAGUCCCGCCUCGACCUCUCGCGCCAAGGUACGGCGGCCGCAGGCGGUAUCCGCGACCACGACCUCCGCGCCGAAACGACGUUGCAGAAGAGCUGGGAGUCUUCGUCGUCGUCGGCGUCGUCGUCGUCCGUACCCGGCUCCGUCAGUGCAGGCCGGAGCGCCGUGGCCAAAGGCAAAUUGUAG